AUGGAAUCCCUUAGGAGAGUCUUCGAAACGAAAAAAGCAGAGGGCGUACCAGCAUUGGUCACCUUCGUCACUGCAGGUUAUCCACGGAAGGAUGAUACAGUGCCCAUUCUGCGCGCUAUGCAGGCUGGCGGCGCAGAUAUAAUCGAACUCGGGAUACCAUUCUCUGAUCCCAUCGCCGAUGGCCCUGUGAUACAGGAGACGAGCACAAUCGCACUCAAAAAUGGCAUUGACUAUGUCACGGUACUUGGUCAACUCAGAGAAGCGCGAAACCAAGGCCUCACUGCGCCUGUUCUUCUAAUGGGUUACUACAACCCUUUGCUGGCGUAUGGAGAAGACAAAGCUAUACAGGACGCUGCUGAAGCUGGCGCGAAUGGAUUUAUUAUGGUCGAUUUACCACCGGAGGAAGCCAUCUCAUUCCGCGAAAAGUGCAGAAAAUAUAGACUUUCAUAUGUCCCUCUCAUUGCGCCGUCCACCACUUUACACCGGAUAAAAUUCCUCGCAUCCAUCGCGGAUACAUUCAUCUAUGUGGUUUCCAAGAUGGGUACGACGGGGUCUUCAGAAAAGAUUGCGAUGAACAAUGCCCUCCCCGAUAUCCUUGCACGGAUUCGGUCAUAUACUUCCAUCCCAUUAGCGGUGGGAUUCGGUGUUGCUACUCGUGAUCACUUUAACGUUGUUUCUGACGCAGGAGCGGACGGAGUUGUCAUCGGAAGUCGCCUCGUUUCUGUCAUCAAGGACGCCCCAAAAGAAGAUAUCUCGCGACACGUCGAAGCAUACUGCCGUGAGAUCAGCCAGAUAGGACAACCUACGCGAAUUCGAUCAGCGCUUGCAGCCCAACUUCCUUCGCAGGAGCUUAGGGAUGGGAUACCAGCAAGUAAUGUAACGUCCGACCCUGUUGUUUUACCGGCAAGAUUUGGUUCAUACGGUGGACAAUAUGUUCCAGAGGCCUUGGUUGAUUGUCUUGCGGAACUUGAGGAUGCUCACAAGGCGGCAAUAACAGAUCCAGAAUUUUGGAAAGAGUUUCGAAGCCAUUUCAACUACAUGAACCGACCAUCGCAGUUUUACCUGGCAGAAAACCUAACUAAGGAUGCGGGAGGGGCAAAUAUCUGGUUGAAGAGAGAAGACCUGAACCACACGGGAUCUCACAAAAUCAACAAUGCUAUAGGACAGAUCCUGUUGGCGCGGCGGAUAGGAAAAACGCGCAUUAUCGCAGAGACUGGUGCGGGUCAGCAUGGCGUUGCAACUGCAACGGUUUGCGCCAAAUUUGGGCUGGAGUGUGUCAUCUACAUGGGUGCAGAAGAUGUCCGGCGACAAGCCUUGAAUGUUUUCAGAAUUGAGAUGUUAGGUGGAAAGGUCAUUCCCGUGCAUUCUGGUUCGUGUACGCUGAAGGACGCCGUCAACGAGGCAAUGCGCGAUUGGGUUACCAACCUUUCGACGACUCAUUAUCUUGUCGGCUCAGCCAUCGGUCCCCAUCCCUUCCCCACCAUCGUUCGGGACUUUCAGAAGGUCAUCGGUGAAGAAAUUAAAGACCAAAUGCAGAAGGCACGCGGUAAACUUCCUGACGUCGUUGUCGCUUGCGUUGGUGGAGGAAGUAACGCUAUUGGCACGUUCUACGAUUUUAUUAAAGAUAAAAACGUUCGCCUCGUUGGUGUUGAGGCUGGAGGAGAAGGUAUUGACGGGGACCGACACAGCGCAACGUUGUCAAUGGGACAGCCAGGUGUGCUGCACGGCGUUAGGACAUAUAUCCUGCAGUCCAAGGAAGGACAAAUUAUUGAGACACAUUCAAUUAGCGCUGGCCUCGAUUACCCUGGCGUAGGACCUGAACAUGCUUGGCUGAAGGACUCAGGAAGGGCGGAAUAUGUUGUUGCCACCGACGAGGAAGCCCUUAGAGGCUUUAGAAUGCUGACACAGCGCGAGGGCAUCAUCCCUGCUCUGGAGUCGUCACACGCCAUAUGGGAAGCCGUGCGUCUUGCCAAAUCCCUACCAAAAGAUCAGGAUCUCGUGGUCUGCCUCUCUGGCCGUGGAGACAAGGACGUCGAACAAAUUUCUGAGCUUCUCCCUAAGUGGGCUGACAUUCUUGACUGGCACGUUUCUCCACACGCUGUUUAG